AUGGCUCCCAAACCACCCCCAAACGCCAUCAAGGAAACCGUCGUAUCCGUGCGUCCGAUGUCGCGCUCCCUCACCACCGCUGUGAACUCCGAACGCUCUCGGUUGUCCGGCGCAGCCAUCGAUUUCUUCACCGUCCUCGUCACGAACAUAGGCCCUGCCUUCGAAGGCCUGAUGCCCUCUUCCUCCCGACGCUCCUCGGCUGUGCACCCGCCCCAACAAAGUCUUCCAGUCCGCGCGCGCCAGUGCUUGCUCACUGUUAUCGAGUAUUCCCAGUCUCCGUCGGUCUUGUCGUACUUCGUCGAGUCGGUGAAGGACAAGUCUGUCUCGCUGCGCCUGAGCGUCGCGGAAUGCGCGCUGGCCUGCCUGAACAGCUUGAACACUCCGGAUUUAGAGAAGGAGCCGCGGGCGCGGGAGAUUGAGAUCAUCAUCAGGGCAACUGCGACGGACGCCAGUGCGGACGUGAGGAAAGUAGGGCGGAAGGUUUUCGAGGCGUACAAGCUUGUGCUGCCGUCGAGGGUAGACAAGUGA